CACUGGAAAGUGAAACCAGAGCGGAGAAUGACUCAGUAUAACCACUCAGCAGAGCUCUCCCUCCAGAGCACCGCAAAUAAGUCAUUAAAUUUCACUGAAACACCACUGGCUUUGGAUGAAAGGACACUACUAGGGCUGAAGAUUUCACUGUCAGUCCUUCUGUCUGUUAUAACUUUGGCAACAGUCCUUGCAAACGCUUUUGUCAUUAUUACAAUUUUUGUGACUAGAAAGCUCCACACACCUGCAAAUUACCUCAUUGGUUCCUUGGCAGUGACGGAUCUUCUAGUGUCCGUGCUGGUGAUGCCCAUCAGUAUUGCUUACACUGUCACCCACACGUGGGCCUUCGGCCAAGUGUUGUGCGAUAUCUGGUUGUCCUCAGACGUCACGUGCUGCACAGCCUCCAUCUUACACCUCUGCGUUAUUGCGCUGGACAGAUACUGGGCCAUCACAGAUGCUUUGGAAUACGCCAAACGCCGGACUGCUGGCCGAGCAGCACUCAUGAUUGCGGUGGUCUGGAUGAUCUCUAUCAGUAUUUCUGUGCCACCACUUUUCUGGAGGCCAGGGAAAGCUCAUGGAGAAAUUGAUAAGUGUACUAUUAACACGGAUCAGAUUCCCUAUACAAUUUACUCAACCUGUGGAGCCUUCUACAUCCCAACUGUGCUGCUUGUAAUAUUGUAUGGAAGAAUUUAUGUAGCAGCUCGAUCUAGGAUUCUGAAGCCACCUUCAUUAUAUGGGAAGCGAUUUACUACCGCACACCUGAUUACUGGCUCUACUGGGUCUUCUCUCUGCUCCAUCAGCUCUAGCCUGCAUGAAGGGCACUCAGGUGGAUCUCCAUUAUUCAUCAACCAUGUUAAAAUAAAACUUGCAGAUAGUGUCCUAGAAAGGAAAAGAAUUUCUGCUGCAAGAGAAAGAAAGGCCACCAAAACUCUUGGCAUUAUCCUGGGAGCUUUCAUUAUCUGCUGGCUGCCAUUUUUUGUCAUGUCCUUAGUCCUGCCAAUCUGCCAGGACGCUUGCUGGUUUCAUCCCAUCCUCCUGGACUUUUUUACAUGGUUAGGUUACCUAAACUCACUGAUCAAUCCAGUCAUUUACACGGCUUUUAAUGAAGAAUUUAAACAGGCUUUCCAAAAACUAAUACAUUUCAAAAAGUGCUCAUCUUGAUCCUCUCCUACUGCUGCUGAUUUCAAUACAAUCUCACA